GUCCCGGCCUCAUCAUGAGCAGCGGCAGCGGCGGCGGCUCUUCCCGGCCCAGGACGAGCUCUUUCGCGGACCCCACCGGCGGCGCCCCCUCCACCGCCCCCACCUCGGCCGCAGCGCCGGGCGGGAAGCCCGGGGGGGCCGCAGGGCCUGGGCCGGGGGGAGGCGGCGGCAGCACCAGCACGGGCGUCGGUUCCUUCCCGGGGCUCAAGCUGGGGCGAGAUAGCAGCAAAGUGACCACCGUGGUGGCCACGCCCGGCCAGGGCCCCGAUCGUCCCCAAGAAGUCUCCUACUCGGACAUCAGGGUCAUUGGCAAUGGGUCAUUUGGAGUUGUCUACCAGGCCCGGCUGGCGGACUCCGGGGAGCUGGUGGCGAUCAAGAAGGUGUUGCAAGAUAAGCGGUUCAAGAAUCGGGAACUCCAGAUCAUGCGGAAGCUAGAUCACUGCAACAUCGUUCGCCUGCGGUAUUUCUUCUACUCAAGUGGGGAGAAGAAGGACGAGGUUUAUCUUAAUCUAGUCCUGGACUACGUGCCCGAGACGGUCUACCGAGUGGCUCGCCACUUCACCAAAGCCAAACAGACCAUCCCUGUCAUCUACGUGAAGGUGUACAUGUACCAGCUUUUCCGCAGUCUCGCUUACAUCCAUUCCCAAGGCGUCUGUCACCGGGACAUCAAACCCCAAAACCUGCUCGUGGACCCCGACACGGCGGUACUGAAGCUGUGUGAUUUUGGCAGCGCAAAGCAGCUGGUGCGGGGAGAACCCAACGUUUCCUAUAUCUGUUCUCGCUACUACCGCGCCCCCGAGCUCAUCUUCGGAGCCACCGAUUACACGUCAAACAUAGAUGUCUGGUCUGCUGGUUGCGUUCUGGCGGAACUGCUGCUAGGGCAGCCGAUAUUCCCUGGGGACAGCGGAGUGGACCAGCUGGUGGAAAUCAUCAAGGUGCUGGGGACCCCGACGCGAGAACAGAUCCGAGAGAUGAACCCCAACUACACGGAGUUCAAGUUCCCCCAGAUCAAAGCACACCCCUGGAUAAAGGUGUUCAAGCCCCGCACGCCGCUGGAGGCCAUCUCGCUGUGCAGCCGGCUGCUGGAAUACACGCCCGCCACCCGCCUCUCCCCCCUCGAGGCCUGCGCCAACAGCUUCUUCGACGAGCUGCGCGAGCCCAACACCCGGCUGCCCAAUGGGCGCGAGCUGCCCCCGCUCUUCAACUUCAGCCCCGUGGAAUUAUCCAUCCAGCCGUUGCUCAACCCCAGCCUCAUUCCGCCACACGUCCGGUCCCAGGCUGCCUCAGUGGGAUCCGUGCCUGGCCCCACAACUGCACAAAGUGAAGGGAGAUUGGGAGGCGACAGGAGCCAGGUGACGCCCGCAGACGGUGCAGGACCCAUCGCCAACACGUCCUGAGGGGCUGCCGGGCCAGGGGGGCAGGCCCCUCCACUCUCCCCCACCCCCCCAGGCCACCCACAUGGACUUCUCUGAACUGUGAAUGGUGGGGGAAAAGCAACCGCAGCCCAGGAGACCGCACGGAGCCCGCUUCCCGUCAGCCAAGGGGGAGGCCAGCCGGAGACGAGACGGCCGCUUGGACGGGAGGGAGACGUUCCUGUCUCCCCGAGUCACUUGCCUCGACUCCCUCUCACGUGGCCCCGUGAUGCCUUGGCACGGAGAGAGGGCAGGGGAAAUCCCGCGGUUUUAAGGGCUCCCUUCUUUAAAAAAAAAAAAGCAGUUCAGGCUGGUGCCUCCGGGGAGGGGUGGAGAGACCCGAGAGCUGCCUUGGGAUGCUUCCCUCUCUCCCCCCCUUCCCCAGUGCGUCCCACCUCGAUUUUAAGGUCCUCUUGGUUUUUAACAUCCCAUGGAAACAACAUGGUUUUAUUUCUAGUCUCACGCUGCCUGCCGUUUCCGACGUCCCACCCCCACGGCCCUUCGACACACCGUACGUUCUCCCUCUCCCAAGUACCCCCCAGCCUCUGCCAACUCGGAUGCUGUCUUUUUUUAAGCAGGUCGUUCGGUUUUUAUCGUUCAGGCUGUUCUCCACCACCACCACCCCCGGCCCGGCCCCUUCCCUUUUCUUCCGUCCCCAUCAUUCAUUGGCUGUGUCCCCAACCACAAUCUUUCCUUAUUGGGAACAAGAAUCUUCUCCCUCCUGGCCCCCCCCCCCAAGCUUGCGUCGGGGGGGGGGGGGGGGCACGGCCAGCCAUUCCUUUCACAAACCGACCUUCCGAAAUCGACAGCAACCGAAUUUCCUACGGUUCGUUACAGGAUGGUAUUGAGCCUGCUUUUUCCAAGCAAGCGGGCUGGCAGGGGACGCCUGUCCCCACCCCCCUUCCCCAUCACAGAUCCUUUCCCAGCGCCGCCAACCCACGCCAGUGGGGAGGAGCUCUCGAAAAGGCAUACAGAGAAGACUAGUUUUUAAGUUCCCGCCCACUCCGUUUCCAGCUGUAAAUACAUCUCCCAUUUUUUUGCCCCGUCCCUCUCCUCCCAGAUGGUUUCCUUUUACCGUUCUCCCUGUAAAUAGAUUAUAAUUUUUUUUUUCUUAACGCAACGUUGCAACGAUCACCCCCCCCCCCCCCCCCGGAACUCUGUUCUCCCGCCCUCCACCUUCGAAUCGCUGUAGGAGCGAAGGUUCCCCUCCCUGGGGAGCCAGGGUGCAGCCUGUGGAUAACCCCCCACCCCACCCUACCCCUCCACACACCGAUCAUCACUGCCUUCCUUUCCCUCCCGACAUUGUGUGUUAGUUUCUUUCUUAGGUUUUUUGGCUGUGUACAGACAUCCGGUUCAAUAAAUUAUUGGCAUGAACGGAAAGAA